GAUUUUGCGGAUUCGGCCGUUAUAUCGGUGUGUUCUGGUUCUCUGGUGUUGUUAGCUACACCGUUUGUGGGUGCCGUUCGGGUUUAGCGACGAGUUUGGCCCCCAUAGUGUUGGCGGGUGGUUGGGACAGGGUCUUUCGCUGAGCGUCUCUUGAUCGUUCUCGUCGUUUCGUCACCGCCGCCGUCGCGUAUCCUUUACUUCCGCUCCAGAGAUUAGAGAUUGAUUGUCGAUGCACACAGGCCUUUGACGGGUUGACGACUGAAGGAAGUUGUGACACGUGAGAGGGGGUGAAAGCUGUGUGCACAUAUCCGAGGGUAUAUCCCGGAGUAUGUCAAUUUGAGGAGUGUUUUUUUUUCUCUCGUGUACUGAAGCUUCAGCUGUUUGUCAGGUGUGUGCCACGAAGGGGUUACGAAGAGUUCGGGGCACCGCAGGAAGUGUUGAGGUGUUGCGGCUCCAGGUGGUGGUAGAAAAUCGGGAUGGCAAAUUGCCUUGGGAAAUCCGUAGCGCGUGGUGAUUUUUAACUCUCGCUUCAGCCGCUUGUGUUUUAUCCAGGUGGUGUGCAUCGGUCGGAUGCUGGUGCUUCCAGCUUGGGUUCGAAGUUGGAAGAUUUUUUUCCCUCAGCUUCUCGAAUGGAACGUUGAAUUGUUCGAAGGGUUCAACGAGUUAUAGAGAGUGAGGUUAAGGGCCAGUUUAUGUGGCACAAGAAUCGUUUUUCGGUAACAGCCACACACUAAAGAAUCAACCCCCAACUCCCUCCCUCGUAUGUGAAGCUUUCCCAAAAUACAAUUGUAUGUGUAUUUUUCGUGGAUGUGAGUGCCCUUCUAUUGUUCCGUAGAGUACCCUCAGAGAGGCAUAGGGAAUACGUUGGGAAAUGUGUCGUUUAUACCUGUUUGAAGUUGCUGCGACAGGUCGGCUCACACGAGAACCCGUAGCCGAAUUCCGGCCCGGCUCGCUCUCAUGUUGAACUAAUGAAUAAGUAAAUGAAUCUGUCGGAUGUCAGCCUCCCGUCGUUGUGGCGUUCUCGUUUCCGUGGGCCGGAAUAGUGCUUCUGUGUACCCCCUCUUCGGUUUUUAGAGUCUAACUACAUACAAUACAAUACACGACAUCCUUCAAGCAGGUUGUUGGAUUCAUGAGUUAUGCCGGUGUGGAUCGAAGAACCUCGUCAUGAAUCGGUGGCUCCCGUGACGUUGAACGCGUUCUGUGGAGGAGAUGAAUAAAGGAUAAGGUCCUGGAGUUGGAAAAAUUGGAGUAAAAACAUUGCUCUGGCUGGUGGAGCCUGCGCCUGCGAAUGUUUUACCGCCUGGCCUGGCAGAGCAAGAUUUGUGGUUCCCAGACCGGUGAUAUCCCGGCUGCUAAUGAAGCCAUCCGUCAUCCCAUCUAAAACGACGUAGGUAAACCUACCGCUGCCUACAAAUGGGAUUAAUGUAUCUAUAGUGGGGAACACGUGGAAAGCCAUCGUUCCGGAUGUAAUGAAUAAUGAAAUUUAACGGCUGCCGCUCAAAGGGAGAUUGAAUGUGAAAAUAGUACCCAUCACUGUGGAAAGUGGAAUACCUACGGUUCAUUGAAUGAUAUAGUCAUUUUGCUGAAGUAAUCUAUUUUGUAAACGAGUCCUGGAAUUGUUCGUUCUGGUGUUGCGCAUGAUAAAAUCUAUAUAAAGUGCUAGUGACAGUGUAAUGCUGAAAACCACGCUAAAUUUCUGAAGAGGAAAAAGAUUCGUUUUUCUGAUUUGGUGAAGUGAAUGAAACGGGCUGCGCGUUCGGUGAAUGAUGAUGAUGAUGGCACAUAAUCUUCCGGGCGGGCAGCGGCGCUUCGGCAGCAGAAGUACAAUGGCCACGUGUCGAUCCGGGUUUAGUGUGGCAGUGGUUCUGGUGCUGCUAAGUACCCUGCGAACACGAUACCAUGGGGUGCGGGGGUGGAAACUGGAUAACCGGAACAUUCUGUACACCAAUCAGGAUAUCUCGUACGAGUGUCCCAUCAAUACGAUGUGCCGGUGCGCCAGCAUGCCAAACGAGACGGCCCUUCUGGAGAUCAACUGCAACGAGGUGGCGCUUUACAAGUUUCCAGAAUUCCUCCACGGAACGAUAAAGCACAUCGACAUGUCACGCACAUUCAUCCACAACGUGGACGACGAAACCUUCCAGGGGCUGCGACUGGAAUCGCUCAAGCUGGUCGACAACAAGAUCCAGGACAUUUCCGAGAAGAGCUUCAACUUCAUGCAACACUCGCUGGUAUCACUGGAUAUUUCGGACAAUCAACUGCAAGGACUGCCUCUCGAUUCACUCAAAAAUGUCCACACUCUAAGCCGAUUAGUGGCCCAAAGGUAA